AUGGAAUUGAGAAUAAUGAUACUGGAGAAGGAAUUAGGAAAAGAAAUAGAAAAUGUAUUUGAUUUGAAAUUUGGAAUAUUAUUGAUACAUAAAGAGGUUGGAGAAGAAGAUGGAAGAGAGUUAGCAUGGAUAAACACAAAUGCAGUCACCCUGCACACCACAAUGAGCACUUGCUGCGCUUUAGACCUUGGGGCAAUCCACCAAACAAAUAUCACUAUCACAGAAGUCAUACAAUUUCACUUCACAUACUUUUCCCUCAACCACUUUCAGUCCUCCUUCAUUUUCUGUAUCACCACCACAUUCAUAAUAUCAUGA